AUGGUGACAUGCAUCUCCUCCUGUCCCUUGCAGAGUGGUGACAAUGAAAACCCUAACUGUGUGGGGAUAGAGGGAGUGUUGGAGGCAUACUUCCAGAGCCUCAGGACGGUCCAACUCUACGGACCCACCAACUUCUCUCCAGUCAUCAACCAGGUGGCACGGUAAAGAGAUCACAAUGGACUAGACCUCUGGAAACCUCUGACACACUAUAUACUGAUAAUAUAGGAAUGGAAUUGAUAUGAAUGCUACGGAAGGUAGCCUAGCCGGUUUUAAACUUACUCUUGAAAGUUGUAGUAGUAGAUUGCACAAGGUGCAAUUUCGAAAUUGGGCAGUGCAUCAUCAGUUCCUUUUGUCAUGUCAGUCAUUCCAUACCUUAGAGAUCUAUUUAUAACUUGUCAGAAAUGUCCAUAUCAACUAGCCCAUGUCAGCUAACGUUUUUUUAUUUAGGUUUUUUAGCCCAUAGAUAUUGUUGUAAUUUUUUUGUCUCUCAAAUAUCACAUGAAUACACAUUAGACAUAGCAAACUGCACCAUUUUCUUUGCACCCCAUGACAACAUAUGUAGAAUUGCAGUAAAUUGUCUUUAAACCUGCAAAAUUCUCUACACUAACAAGAGGGGUGUGAACAGUUUGUGUCAUGAACAGUGGCGUGUGUGCGGGGGGGCACGGGAUGUUCCCCAAUGCUGGAGGAGGGGCCCCGAGUGAAAAAGUUUGGGAACCCCUGUACUAGAUUAGAACAUACACAUAUACACAGCCCCUUGAGAUGCAAGGCUAUACUAUGUACUUGAAGCUGUUAUCUCUGCCAGGCUCUUUCUCCCCUAGGCAGCGAUGCUCUCCCUCUCCGACGAGCAGAUGGCUGGCGCACGUAUAAUUCAUUCCAUGGUUUAUACAGUAUGAGUCUAUUAGGUCUAAUUGUAGGAGCACCAACAGCACAAUGUGGAGGAUGUGUCUUUCAGACAACUGAUGUUGUUCUGUAGCUUCUGCUCUGAGUAAUAUGCAUGUUUCUACACGUGCUGAGAGAAUUUGUCUCCUCCAGAGUGUCAUUUAAAAGUUUUUGGUUCUUCUCAAAUCAUAGAGGCUGUCAUUUCAGGAGAGCUCUGGCUAAGAAUUAAAAAACUACAAACGGUUUUAGCAUCCCAUUCCACCAUGAUGGUGAAGGGAAGAGGACAGGGCAACAGGGCAUUGCAAUAGCAGCUGUGUAAAGUGACUAGAAUAACAACCAGUCACCCCUAUAAGCACAAGAAGUUGAAAAUACAUGUUUUUGGUUGAAAAUACAUUGAAAAGAUGUUGAAAAAACAUUGAAAAAAUGUUGGAAAUACAUAUUUCAACCAAUUUUGCUCAUUGAGAUGUGCACUAGCCUCUGUGCCAUCCCCUACCCUUACAGCUCACUGUUACCUGUCUAACAUCCCAUUGGUCUUUGUAUGUCGCUGACACCCCUGGCUCUUGGAUAUAUCAGAGUGCAGUAUAUCCCUCGGUCCGGGGGGGAUAGUGGUCAUUACUCCCCCACAGCUCUGGUCUCAGACAGGGAUCGAUGCUACACUCAGCCAGGUGGAACAUCUUAUUUACCUUUAUUAGGAAUGUGUUCUCGGAGCCUAAACCAGGUGAAGGACACUCCAGGGAGAACAUUUCCGACUCAGACAAACAACUGUGAGACGCGUCUUGGAGCUUGUCUAACAUAAUAACACCUGGGGCCUGAAAUGAGUGUCUCUGUUGUUCAUUUUAUUUCUCACAGUGCCUGUGGCUCCCUUGCUGAAAUUGGAAUGAAGGGGAUUUGGAAAAAAUGUAAUUUUUCUCUCUUGUUUUUGUUCGCUCCUCUUGUUCUGAGAUGAGAGGAAACGACUGGGUAAUGCCAGAGGUCAAAGUGUCAAGUCUCACUGGACAACGGUCCUUAAUUACUGUAUCUCUCUAGUGAGAGGCUGUAAACAUUUGCCAUCACAUAUAAACUCACUCACUCUCAAUCUCGCUCAGGCACACACUCCUAACACUGCUUGUUAACUCUCUUGUGUGUGUGUGUGUGUGUGUGUGUGUGUGUGUGUGUGUGUGUGUGUGUGUGUGUGUGUGUGUGUGUGUGUGUGUGUGUGUGUGUGCAUGUGUGUGUGUGCAUGUGUGUGUGUGUGUGUGUGUGUGUGUGUGUGUGUGUGUGUGUGUGUGUGUGUGCGCGUGUGCGCGUGCGUGCAUGUGCUCCCUCAGGUCUGCGCAGGAUGUGACAGAUGGCUCCCAGUACUUUGUGUUGUUGAUGAUCACAGACGGAGUUAUCUCUGACAUGGUGCAGACCAAGGAGGCUGUGGUCAACGUGAGUGGAGUACACAGUACAGUUCCUCCUUCAGCAGGGCCAGCUUAUAUGUAGACAGUGAACUAUCGAACUAUCGAGGCUACUACUGUUUGUCUGUAACUCCUCUUUCUUUCUCUCCCUACAGGCAGCUGCUCUCCCCAUGUCUAUCAUCAUCGUAGGGGUUGGACCUGCAAAGUUUGACGGUGAGUGUGGCGCCCAUAAAGGUAGAACAGAGAAGCACAGUCCUGCUCAGCUGCUUUUGUAUUUUUACGGUGCAUUUCUCCUUUGAGGGUUGCUUUAGAAAGUCAGUGUUGCAGUGUCAAGUAUCCAGGCCCUCUUUAGAUCAAUGACUCCUUAAGGGGGUGGGAGGGAGGGAGGGAGGGACAGACAGACAGAAAGACAGAAGGAGGGUAGUCUCUGUUUCAGCCCAGUGAGGCGUAACUCUGGGCAUCAUCUGCGCUCGAUUCGGCUGAAUUUUUCACUUGGUUAGGCAAUCGAACGCUGUGAAGUCAGUCAGGCAUUGCAGAGGUCAUGAGUUCAGACCACUUGAUGGCAGUUCAGAGGAGUUACUCUUCAGCAGAAGCUGUGUCUGAAAAUGUGUGUUGAUAUGUGUGCUUCAAGCCUUGUUGUCUGGUUUCUUUUCCUUUUGCUGCACUCCUGUGUGUGUCUGUGCAUUCGUUUGGAUGUGUCUAUCUAAGAGUUUGUGCACUGUAGUGUGGCAGGAUUGUGUGCAGUUAUGAAUACUUGUUUAUGUCUGGGUUGAGUUGUCUGAGUAUCAGACUCAAUGAGAUGUUCUAUAAGCCAGCUGAAUUCUGCAAGCCUUUUAGAAUGACCUUUCUAUUCAAAAGCACUUACAGCAUAAAUGGGUCCACAGUGCUUAGCAGUGAUUAGUCCGAUUUUAAAUAACUGCUAGUAGCACAUAACAUUUUCCUUCUAGUAUCUGUAGAUGUUUUGACUUCAACUGUUCCCCAGAGUGCUAGUCUGAAAAGCUUCUCAUGUAUUGUGUCUCUGUCUAGCCAUGGAGGAGCUGGAUGGAGACGAAGUCAGAGUGUCCUCCAGAGGGCGCUUUGCUGAAAGAGACAUUGUGCAGGUAGGUUAUGGCCAGACAACAACUGAGUAUCUCAAUUGCAUAUCAUUGAUUCCUCACAUCCUCUCUCCUCGCCUCCUUCUCAAAAGCUAUUGGAUGAGAAGGUCAGUGGUCCCUCCCCUCUGACCUUCUCAUCCAAUGGGGUUUGAGAAGCAGCAGAGGAAUCAAGGAAAUGCAACUGAGAUUCUCCAAAAGAAACUUGAAUUUGUUGCUUUAGUCUUUAGUAUUUGAUGCUCAUGAUCAGUAGUAGGACCAAUACGUUUUUUCUCCCAGACAUUCAAUACUUUCAGUACCCUACGACAGUUGUGUGUCCUGUCCCUGUUGUCAUCCAUCCCCCAACCCCCAUACAGUUUGUUCCUUUCCGGGACUACGUGGACCAGUCAGGGAACCAGGUCCUGAGCAUGGCCCGGCUGGCCAAAGACGUACUGGCUGAGAUCCCUGAGCAGCUUCUGGGCUUCAUGAAGACCAGAGGCAUCGAGCCCCGGCCCGCUUUCUCCUCCUCAGACCUGCCCGAGCUCCACAGGCACAUCUGA